AUGUUUCCUUGGCUCCACUACGUAUCUGAUCGCGACGUCGUGCUUUGUCACGAAUGCAGUGUUGCGUUUAAGGAAAGAGGGGUCACUAUCCCGGGCUUAGAGCUCAGCUUUCUACAGAGUGGGUUCUCAAACUGGAAGAACGCGCUUGAGAAGUUUCGCUGUCAUGAAAAGAGCACGUAUCAUCUCGACGCCGUGCAGUACCAACUAGGGAAAACAAAGGGUGCACGUGUUGUCGAGCUCCUUACAAGGAAUUCUAUGAAGCAGCAGCAAGAGUCCAGGGACGCCCUUUGCGUCAUUGUGAGCUCUAUUCGGUACCUCUGCCGCACAGGUCAGGCUCUGCUGGGGCACACUCUACAGGACGGCAACCUAGUUCAUUUAUUAGAGGAACGCUCCGAGGAUGUGCCUGCUCUUAAGACCUGGUUAACUCGACGAGACAAGUGGCUGAGCAGUGACAUCCAAAAUGAAAUAAUCAAAAUCAUGGCUCACAAACUGCAACGCGACAUUGUAGAAGAGGUGAAAAGGAGCCCUUUUUUUGGAAUCAUCGCUGACGGGACAACCGAUGUUGCCGGAGACGAGCAGUUUACUCUAUGCCUGCGUUGGGUCGAAAAUGCGUCAUUGGAGAUCAAGGAAGAGUUUAUUGAGGUUUAUAGCCCUCCAGACUCUAAGGCUAACACGCUGUUCAUGGCGGUCAAGGAUAUGCUCGUUCGUCUAGGGCUGGACUUCAGUAGUUUGCGAGGACACUGCUUCAAUGGUGCGGCAAACAUGUCUGGGCGCUUUUCUGGUGUUCAGAAGAAAAUUAGCGACAUUCAGUCGAAGUCUGUUUACGUGCAUUGUGCCAGCCAUUCUUUAGACUUGGCUCUGCAGGAGGUUGGCAGAAGCAGCAGAGUAGUUGUAGAAGCGUUAAGCACAGUAAAAGACGUGUCCAACAUCAUCCUAACGUCUUCAAAACGGAAGAACACAUACAUAGGCAUAGUCCUCCCUCCGUGCGCAGACGCUUCACAGGAAAGGCCCGUGAAGGCAAGCAAUCUUCUGCCACUCUGUCCAACGAGGUGGACAGUGAGAGUGAAGUCCAUGAAACGAUUUCUGCAGAACUACGAGAGGGUUCAAGCUACGAUCCACGAUCUUUUGCAAACUCCAGGAUCAAUCGGAGAUGAUCGAAGAGCAAUCAUGAGAGGGUACGAAAAACUGCUCAACAAGUUUGAGACACUUUUUGGACUGAACAUGUCAAAGGAACUCUUCGGCCCAUGUGAACAACUUGCCAGGGUUCUUCAGAGUCCUAAAUACAGUGCGACCGGAACGAUGCAAGCGGCUGAAGCUCUCCGUCAAACUAUGAUGAAUCUGAGAACAGACGAAGGUUUUGAAAGAGUUUGGGACGAAACCAAAAAUGCCUCCGUGAAGCUUGGCCUUAAACAGAGGGAGACCACAACCACCAGAACUGUAAAGCCGCCAACAAGAUUUGAGCAGACGAAGACGCCUACUUCCCCAGUGGUGCUGGAUGCGAAGGCCAACCUUCGAAAGGAAUUCUUUGCGGCAGUUGACUGCGUAACGUCAGAAAUAAAGAGCCGGUUCGACCAACCUGGCAUGGAGCUGCUGGUAAAGCUCGAAAGCACGCUUGUCAGCGGUGCACGUGGACAGCGAUUCAAUGCGAAGGAGUUAAAAGAAGCGCUCGGCGUCCAUGGCAGCGACUUUGAUUUAGAUAGGCUAAAUGCACAGCUUGUACUCCUCCCAACGGUUCUUUCUGGCACAGAGGUGAACGUAGUCGAUGAUGUCGCGGAAGCACUGAAGGAACAGUCUCCAACUGUUCUGAAUCUCUUGGACCAAGUUGUCAGGCUUGUGCAGCUUUUACUAACGGUGCCAGCAUCGGCGGCAUCAGGGGAGCGUUCUUUCAGUGCGUUGAGACGAGUAAAAACUUACCUACGGAGUCGCAUGACACAGACCCGCCUCACGCAUCUCCUUCUUCUGCAUGCCCACCGACAAAGAACUGGAAAGCUGUGCCUUAAAAAUGUCAUGAUUGAAUUUAUCGCCAAAACAGCCGAACGCUUAGCUACGUUUGGCCCAUGCUAG